AUGUCGGGAGAAGGCAAGUGUGUGGCUGGUCACAUUCUCAACGCCUACUACUUUCUCUGUCUGAACUACAACUUCAAGCGUGUGUUCGAGUGUCAGAGAACGUGUAACGCCGCAUACUACGACAAAGAUACAUUCUCUCUACCAUGCCUGAAACACCCGAUGGAUGAGAUCAUUCUCGUAGGCUUUUCACGGGGAGGGUUCACUGUUCGUUGCCUAGCUGCAUUCAUUGACAAGGUCGGUCUUCUGCGGCGCAAAGGUCUCGCUUUCCUGGAGUCAUUGUUCGAGGAGUGGAAGAAUGGGAAAGACAUUACAAAGUCCAUCGACAAACUUCAGACCAAUGGGCUUCUUGUCAGAACGAGAAUCAAAGUCCUUGCAGAGUCGGACACCGUUAGUUCGAUCUUCAGCCGCGAAUUCUCGUUCGUGGGAGCCUCUGUACCAAGUUGUGUCGAUUCAGCUUUUCACGCAAUAUCGAUACACGAGAGACGUUUUGGAUUCGACCCUAUGCCCUACCGUACGGCUGGCAUGAGAACAACCGUACAGCAAUGUGCGUUCGUGGUUUGUCAUUCCGACAUAGGCGGAGGUAGCGAAGAUUCAGGAUCGUCAAUGCUGCCGUUCGUCUGGAUGAUCUCUGCUAUACAGAGUGCGUCUAAGGCGCGUUUGGACAAGUUCGUGAUGUUCAGAUAUUACAUGCCACUAGCAAUCGAGUUGCAGCCUACUUCUGGUCAGUGGCGUAGUAUGCUAGAUUGGAAGACAUCAAAAGAACCUAUUGCCAACAAGGGUACUUUCAUCAGCUCCAGCGAGUCAAAAGGAUAUCUCAAGUGCUCACAUCGCGGUUGGUGGGCAGUUUGGAAGCGCGUCACCCCUGGCCGCUUCGUGCGCCCACGGUAUAAGUACUGGUGCGCCUUCAAAAAGACGAAUCUUGUAGAAAACACAGGCUCUCCGAAGCGCUCUUGGACUCAAUACCUUUGCAAGAUUGGCAGUGUUUUAUCACUUGGAUAUCUUCAGGAACCCCAUGUCGUAAAGCAACAUAGCAUUGUAGAGGAUGUGCCUCGCGAAGCCAAGACGGAUGUAGGCCUCACAAUUCACUGGACGGUCCGCAUGUUGCAAGAACGGUACAAGCAUAGUGUAGGGUGUCUGCCUGGCUACAAGGCCCAAGCAAGGGAUGAGUCAGUAGGACCGCUCAUUCUCGAUCGUGAUGAGCAGGGUACACGGCUUUCUCGAUACAUUUGGCGUAAACAACACGGUUCUCAGCAUGCAAAUACCCCAGUCGACGGAACAGGUGCUUAUCUGGAAGAAUUGGAACCUAGCGAGACCGAAGUCAUGAAUUAUGAGCGAUGGUUCAAAUAUGGAAAGAAAAUUGACCCAGACAGAUCUGACGAAGAAGAAGACGAAGAGACUAGUAGCAAUGAGAGAUGGCGCAACGUGAUGGAGGAGUUCGUCCUGAAAGAAGACAUCACCGUGCCUGUUCAAGAGAGGCGGGGAGAGACAAUGCGAGAAUGGUUCCUACUAUUGCGCAAAGAGAUAGAAGCCUUGAGUCGAGAUGAUGUAACCGAGCAGAUUGCGAAUGAUAGCACGGAUGAUGACACGGAUGAUAGUCCGGACAAUGGCACAGACCAUGGCACAGACCAUGGCACAAAUGACAGACUGGAUGAGUAG